GGCAGAAGCUGGAUUUUCAUUAGUGUAAUGUCCAGAGAAGCUCGAGAAUUAUGUAAGAGUGACGUGUUGUUAUCCCCUCUCGGCCAGCCCACCUCCUGGCAGGAACGUGGCCGUUUGUUUUCCUUUCAUCCUCGUUCGCUUGGAAAAGCCAAAAGGACAUCUGUGGGAGUCAGCGGUUGAGGACAGGACCCUUAGUGGUCACGCCGCGGGAACCGCGCAGCACUGGACGCUCAAUCUGUGGCUCAGUCUCCUGGAGAAAGUGAUGCACUGAGGCGCAAGAACAGACAAGUUUGAUGAUGCCAAAGGAGAUGAGUAGACACUCAUUGCUUCAGGUUGGGAUCAGGGAGUGUAGCAGCAGUUAGUGAUGAGGUCCAUGGGAUGUUCAUAAAGGAGAGUUAGAAGAUGAAGUUUAAGAAGUUCAUCACGAUCAUGCAGGCAGCGAUGGGGAUUGUACCCUUAAACAAACGGGAGCUGCUGCCACCAGGCAGGAAACUGUGGAGACCCCCAGGGGAUCAGCCUGGCUCUGACCAGACCAGCACUGACCUCCUCAAGUGCAGCAGAAAGUUCUGCUGGUCCAGAGAAGCCCAGUACUUGUAUCUUCGCCGCCUGUCUUCACGCAGCUUCUCGGCUAUUAUGAUGAACCCGGUCAUGGAGGAGACCGUGUGGGAGCAAUACACCGUGACCCUGCAUAGGGAUUCAAAGAUGGGCUUUGGCAUUGCUGUAUCAGGAGGGCGGGAUAACCCAAACGAGGACACUGGCGAGACGUCCAUCGUGGUAUCUGAUGUCCUGCAGGGAGGGCCGGCUGAUGGAUUGUUGUUUGAAAAUGACAGAGUAGUGCAGGUGAACGCCAUCCCCAUGGAUGGAGCCAUCCACUCGUUCGCUGUCCAGACCCUCAGGAAGUGUGGCAAAGUAGCAAAAAUUACAGUCAAGAGGCCCAGAAAGGUUCCAGUCAAUGUGCUCAAUCGUCAGCCAUCACCUGAUGACAGAGUCUUCAACAACGACUACAAUGAUGACUACAACUAUGAUCAGGACCGACGUAGUGUGUACAGCGCUAGGAGUGGCGGAGGCCGGGACCAAAGCCUGGAGAGGGAGCGAGGCGGCUACAUGGACUCCGGCUACCACACACGUGAUCGUGACUAUGACCGUCGGGAACGUGGCAGGAGCACAGAGAGAGACCUCAGCCCGGACCGCCAGUACCGGCGAGAUGGCAGCAGAGGGCGCACUUUGGAUAGAGAGUACAGCCCAGAUCGCCGCUACAAGAGCGAGCAUGCGCUUGACCGUGACUACAGCCCAGACAGAAGGUACCGCAGUGACCGCGCAUUAGACCGAGAUUACAGUCCUGAUCGGCGUUUCCGCAGUGAUCGAGCCCUCGACCGGGACCACAGCCCCGACCGACGCUACCGAAGCGACCGAGCCCUGGACCGCAACGAGAGCCCCGAUCUGCGCUACAGGCGCGACAGUCCAGGACGAGGCCGCGGCCGUGAUCAAAGCUACGAUCGAGGACUUGACCGCAUCGCAAGUGAGCCGCGGAAAUAUGACGAGCCGAUAAAGCGAAGUGCAAGCAGGGACCGCCUUGAACGCACACCGUCACCUGCUGCCGUGCCCCUCCCUCUGCCUCGCCCUGCCCGGGACCUGGAGCCGCUGGAGAAACCUGUGAAUGUGCUACUGCUGAAAAACCAUCCCAACGAAGAAUAUGGCCUUCGUCUGGGCAGCCAGCUCUUCAUCAAAGAGAUGACCAGCACAGGACUUGCCAGCAAGGAUGGAAACCUGCAGGAAGGGGACAUUAUUCUGAAGAUUAACGGGACUGUGACAGAAAACCUGUCUCUCAGCGAUGCCGGGAAGCUGAUUGAGAAGUCCCGCGGGAAGCUGCAGCUGGUGGUGCAGCGAGACAGGAAGAAGAUCCUGGUCCGAAUCCCGCCGAUGGUCGACAGCGACUCGGAGCUCGACGAUAUCUCUGAGAUCGAGUCGUACCGCUCCUAUUCUCCACAGGAUGACAGACGGGCCCACCACUCUGACCUCUCCUCCCAUUCCUCCAAUGAGAGACUUCGAGACAAGCCCAGAGAGGACCCGCCUAACAGGCUGGCAAAAAUGGGUGCCAUGCCAACCCCAUUCAGAGGUGCCGACAGAGACGUUGAAGAUAAGGCUCCUUUGCACGCAGAGAGGGAGGAGCCACGCUCCGAGACACCACCAGUACCAGCUGCCAGUGUCGCCCCAAAGGUUCACGCUCCCCCUAAAGUGCCACUAAAGCCAAGUGCAGAAGACCUGGAAAUAUACGGGCCGAACACGGUGAUGGUGCGUUUCCAGAAAGGUGACAGUGUGGGUCUGCGGCUGGCGGGAGGAAAUGAUGUCGGCAUCUUUAUCGCCGGUGUUCAGGAAGACAGUGCAGCAGAGCAGGAGGGUCUCCGGACAGGAGAUCAGAUCAUGAGGGUGAACAACAGAGACUUCAGAGGCAUGGUGCGUGAAGAUGCUGUUCUCUACCUCCUGGAGAUUCCUAAAGGAGAGGAAGUUACCAUUCUUGCGCAGAGCAAGCCUGAAGUGUAUAAAGACGUUUUAGCAUCUGGCAGAGGCGACUCCUUCUUCAUUAGAACCCACUUUGAAUAUGAGAAGGAGGCCCCGCAGAGCCUUCCUUUCUCCAGGGGGGAGAUCUUCAAAGUGACGGACACACUCUAUGAUGGCAAACUCGGCAACUGGCUGGCAAUCCGUAGUGACAAAAACAACCAGCUGUUAGAAAAGGGAAUCAUCCCCAACAAGAGCAGAGCAGAGCAAAUGGCUAACGUCCAGAAUGCUGCACGGGCUGCAUCGGGCAAUGACAGAGGAGACUUCUGGAGGAUGAGGGGCCAAAGAGCUGCAAAGAAGAAAGAUCUGCGCAAGAGUCGAGACGACCAGGGCAACGUUCCGGUUACACGCUUCCCCGCCUAUGAGAGAGUGGUAUUACGUGAAGCUGGUUUCAGGAGACCGGUGGUGAUAUUUGGGCCCAUUUCUGACGUAGUUAACGAAAAACUGGCUACUGAACUUCCUGAUCAGUUUGUCAUUGCUAAAACUGAGCCCAAGGAUGCAGGAAGUGAGAAGUCCUCGGGGGUGGUGAGAUUGAACUCUAUCCGGCAAAUCAUUGAACAGGACCGUCACGCUCUGCUGGAUGUGACUCCCAAAGCUGUGGACACCCUGAAUUACACUCAGUGGUACCCCAUCGUCCUUUUCCUGAACCCUGACAGCAAACAAGGUGUGAAGACCAUGAGAAACCGCCUCAUACCCGGAUCCAACCGCAGCGCACGCAAACUGUACGAGCAGGCCCUUAGGCUGAAAAAGAGCUGUUCACACCUUUUCACGAACACCAUCGACUUGAACUCGGCCAAUGACGCAUGGUAUGGCAGUGUGAAAGAUUCAAUUCGGGAGCAGCAAGAUAAAGCUGUGUGGGUGUGCGAGGGCAAGGUGGACGGUUCAGAGGAGGACCUAGAUCUCCAAGACGACCGCAUGUCCUACCUGUCGGCAAUGAGUGACUACCUCAGCAUGGACAGCCGGAUGACCAGCGACUACGAUGACACAGCGGACGAGGGCGGGGCGUACACUGACAAUGAGCUGGACGAGACACUGGAUGAACCCCAGCCCGUGUCGGCCAUCAGUCGAUCAUCAGAACCUGUACUGCCCGACGAGAGGCCUCACCCUGAACCCCGUGUACGUAUGAGAAGAGAGGUGAGCAGAGAGCCAAGCCCUCCCCCUUCUUUCGUCCCUGAACCCCCAAAGGUUCGUGCUCAGACUCGAACUGACUCCACACGGAGCUACGAGUCACACUCCAGCAGCACCAUCAGCAGCGACGCAGUGGGCGGAAACAAGCCGCCUCCCCCUCCCGUGAAGCCUGUGAAGCCCACUAUCGCCCGCCAACCAGUGAACCAGUCGUCAGAAGAUCAGAGUCCGGGGAAAGACGAGGAAGAGGAGGACCCUGCCAACAAAUCCUUCCUGGGCAAGAAAAUGGGUGACCAGAUUAAAGCGUUUGAGAAGAUGGACCAUCUGGCAAGAGCUCAGAGGAUCCUGGAGCUACAGGAGGCAGAAAACGCUCGAUUGGAAAUCGCCCAGAAGCAUCCAGAUCUCUACGCUGUCCCAGUGAAGCUGCCAAAACCCAACCUCAGCCGUCCUCAGCCAAUAGGUUCAAGCUCCAUCCCCGAGCCUCAGACUCCCUCCAGGCCGCCGUACUCUGAGUCGAGAGGACACGAGGACGACGAGGCCAACUACCGCCGCCAGCUGGCCGACCAGACCAAGAGAGGAUAUUACAACCCCCAGAAAUACAAAGACACUGAGCUGUAAGGCUGGGAAAGCAGGAAGUGACAUCAUCACCGAUCAAAACUCUUCAAACUUUUUGUCGUGUCGUCAGUUUCAGACACUUUUCACGUCCCUUGUUGUGCAGAAAGCGUGGUGCCCCCACGCACACAAACACACAGAUAUCUCUGGUCUACCUUUGCCACUCGCCGUUACAGAAACUGUGCACAGCUGAUGUUUCAAUGUAUAUAUUCUGUUGGUAUCUGUGAUCUAUAUUUUAUUUUCCCGCCCUUAUUCCGGGGCUCAGUUUGUGCCUACCGUGUGUCACCAUCACACAGUAAAACGCCCAAUGUUUGGAAGGAUAAGAAGCAUAAAAGAGAUGUAAACACGUCACUUUAAGCCAUUUCAAACAGCUGGAGAUGUCACAUUUUUAUACUCCCUUUUUGGACAGAAGAAAAAUUCAUAAACGUAAAACACUGCAAUGCAAAUUAACUAUAAUGGCACAAUUCGGUGUCCUAAAUUUAAGGUUCCUGCACUGCUGCUUAGGUCCUCUGCAGGUGGGACACAAAAGUAUGAAUAUAGUAUGAAUACAUGAAGUGAAACUUGAUGAAGAACAGUCGAGGCCAAAAGUUUGGCAGUGGCACAAAUUUUGUUUCAUUUAGAUUAUUUAUGUGAUGUGCUCCUUCUGGGCCAAAUCCUGAUGGAUGGUGAUCCGUUUCUGUUGACCUUUGAGUCUUGAUGGGUUGACAUCACUUUUGCCUUGUGACAUGGUGAAAAUGCACCAUGUUAUUUUCACCAUGACAUGGUAUAUACAUACAGCAGCAAUCGUCACCAAAUUGCUGCUGUAUGAGCUGUUUGUUGUUUGUUUUUUGUUUGUUUUUUUGUAGUAUGGUCGAUCCUUAAAAAGUGAGUGGACAAACAGGCAGAAUUCAGGAUUUGGACCAGGAGUCAAUGCCCAGCAACUUCAAACUUCAAUAAAUACUGGAGCGGCAAAGUGUGAGAAGCACAAAAUUUCUGCUACUACCUAAACUUUUGACCAUGACUGUAGAAAGAUUGUUGUAUCACAAUAUGAAAGUCCCCGUUUUGAACUUCCUGGCUGGGACCUUCAGGUGGGUGUAGACUCUCUUGGAAAGCUCCGGUUCCAGGGGUUGACUGUGUUGUCUGGCCGGCCACCAGUCCAGGGUAUACCUGCCGGUCCUCGAGUGAUGGAUGGGAUAGUUUCAAGAAAUCGUAAUAAAAACGUUUUUCAAGUUUUCAUAAUUGAACAAAAUUAAUGUGAAACAACAGAAAUAUCUGUUGAUCCCACUGAGUUGCCGAAUAUCAUCAGUGCUGCGCGUGGAGCAGGUGCAAACCUUUUGGACACAAUAAAAAUGUAACAAAUGUAAAAUUAAAACCAGCUAAAAACACUGUAAAAAUACAACUAAUGCCUGGUAUUAAUACACCGUGCAGUUUUUUACAUUGUGAUGGUGAAUACACAAGAGGCUGAAACUGAAGCGAGCAAACACCCAAAUCACUGUUACAGUUCUGUGGACUGCACCUCAGCUUUUUCACCAAUUUUGUGCAUUUUUGUGAGGCGCCACAUGCUUCGGGCACGCUCCUCUGGUGUUAAUUGUCCUCUAAUCGCACCUCCCCUGCUGAACUACACAUUCCAAAGUGGACGCCUGCAUCUGCAGCACGCCGCUGUGUGAGCUGUGCAGUCUGGGAAGCAGCUUAUUCUCAAGUGCCUUGCAGCUCUGAUUUCAGCUCGGGAGAUAAAGACUUCUACCUAAAAAGCACUUGUUUGGUUUUAACUGCUGUUGUAAACUGAACCAAGCAGAGGUUGAAAAGUAUUUUCAGUACAGUUACUGCACACUGUCAAAAUACACGAGUAGAUUUAAACUGGAAACAUCUUUCCUUUGUUCUUUGCUUUUGCUUUAGAAGAGCAUUGCAGUCACUGAAGAGAUGCGAAGUCAGAAAUAGGAGAUACAGAUGGAUUGCAUGAAUGCAGCAUCUGUAUCUCAUCAUUGCAUGACAUGGAAGUAAUAAUUACCAAAAAAUUGCUCCCCCCCUUUUUUUUUUUUUUUUCCUUUUCUUUCUUUUUUUUUUUUUUUUUUUUUUUUUAAUUUAGGACUUUGGCGAAUGCAGGGCUCUUGGAUAAGAUGGGAAAGCUGUGCAGCUGCCUGUUUAGCAUUUCUGUGUUAGACCAGCGUGUAAAUGAUGUCACAGAUUUCAUUAAAAAGUGUAUCACGAGCGAGGCGUUCAGACAACUUGUGAUGGAGCUAUGUUUCUUUAUUAGCUGCUGGCAACCAGAGACAAUCACAUUUUUUUUUAUUGCUGAUGCUUUUUUUUUUUUGUUGUUGAAAAUAUUGAAUAUAUAUUCAUACACUUGAUUCAGUUCAGUGUUUGUGCACUACUGUUUGGGGAAUGUGGUGACAAUCAUGUUGGUUUAUCAGUCUCUCUUAAAUGUUAUUUUAUGUUUUUUUUUUUGAUUUUUUUUUUUGCUUGUUUUGUUUUGUCUCCUGAGUGUUACACAACAGUCUCUUGGGAAAAUCUAAUAAAUAAAUGUUUUUUUGUUUUGU